AUGUUCCAAGAUUUCUGGAAGCAACAAAUGAGCCUUGUUCUAUAAUUUUUGCUUCGACCUCUUCAUUCCUUUGUGAGUCAUUAAUUAGCUGAAGUAACAUCACCUGGACAGGGAAGCAGCAGCACUCUAAGGAGCUGGAGCCAGUGAAAUCAAAGCAGUUUUAAGAUGGCUUCCCACUUUGGCCACCUGCAAGACCCAACAGUGAUAACGUGUGUGCGUACUAUAGGACUUUUUGAACCUUGGGGUCGUAGCCCCAUCAGGCCUCUGUACAACAGCACCAUCUGGUGGGAUUACAGAGAAGGGCAAACGGAGAAUGGAGAUUCACUCAGGGAGCAGCUUAAGACAAUGGAUGACCACGUGUCCAGAAUUCAAGACAUGCUGAAAUCUGAACGAACCAAAUGCACUCGGCUGCAGUUACGAUGUAACCAGCAGGAGGCAGAGUUGAAGCGCAGAGAGCGGAACAUAAACAGGAUGAAGGAGAGGCUGUCACUCUUCACUGAUAGACACAAAGACAGAGCCUCCACAAUUAAAAUCUUGAACACUCUGCCAAGUGCUCGGGGGAAACGAGAACAGCUCUCAGCAAAUAGAAAACAUGAGGAAGGGGUAGUUCGUCUGAUGCUGGAGCGCAGAGAAGCAGAGCUCAGAGAGGCCAUGAAGCUGCGCCACAGUCUCACCUCUCUGCUGCAUGCCCUCAGAUGUGACAUGGAACAGACACUGUCUGAACUUGAGGGCCACGAGGAUAAGACUCACUAUGUGGACAAAAGACUGGACCAGGCAGAAAAAGCACUUGGGGACCAUAUGACAGGAGGUGUGGUACAGAGCUGGAGACAAGUGCAAAAGAAACUGGGCUCAUUCAUAUGCGAAGGAACGACUGAGUUUGGUACAGAUCAUAAUAAGCUCAUGGCACAGCUAGAGGGUGAAUUAAAAGAAAGUCAACGACUUGUUGAAAUGCAACAGCAACUUCUGCAGCAUGGCGUUGGGUCACCUGUCCCAUCGGAACUGGGUGACUGCUAUUUUAUAGAGGAAUGGGACCGUCUCCAGGAGCACUGGACUGAGCUCAAAGUCCAGAGGAGGACUUUUGAAAAGGAGAGACAAGCUUUUACUGAUGCUGCUAUCCGUCUGAGCCACGAGCGCCGUGAUUUUGAGCAGCAGAAAGCUUUACUUCUGAAGCAGCAGUUUCUGUGUGAUUCUCCUGUUGUUGAGAAACUGACACAGUCCAGCAACAGAAGAGAAUGUACUGGCUUCAACAUGUCUGGGUUUAAACCCCUCAACACACCUGUGCGCCACAUGGCUUUCACCCAAACAGCAGUGCCCCAGAAGGGGAAUGUCACAGGGUAUCCCAGAAUGGCGAGGGUUCAGACUCCGAGCACCCCUGAGCUCUACACUGCACUCAACCUGUCCUAUAACCGCUCUGGAGGUGCAGAUGAUGAUACGUGGGACAGCGAGACCAACGCAGCGAACCCUCACUUGGAUUGGUCAUUUUGACACAUUUUUAACACAUAUUUAUUUGUCACUUAUUUGCAUGUAAUUGACCCUUUACAUUUUAAUAAAAUAAAUUGUCCUAUUGUCCGUCA